GUCGCCACUGCUGCAGCGUAAUCGUAGAAAGUCAGUUCGUCGGCGGCGCCGCACCAGUUGUACGCGUCAGGACGCGCCUUUUCGUGCCCCAGCAAUUAAACAUUGUACUCCCGUGAUCUCCCACCCGCGAUCCGCUUUCAGUGUCUCCGCUCGAGAAACAAUCGUUGACCUUGAAACAAUCGAAUUACGCGGUUCGACGGUCGCCUGCCGGAAAGGGAAGCGUGGAAUCUAGAAGAGAAGCUGAUUUAGUUUGAAAGAAACGCGGAGCAGCGUCGCGUUGGAUCCAGGAGCUCGCGAUCGUUCGUGGUCGUCCCGCGAGGAUCUCGUCCGUGGUUAAAGAACAGGUCGAUUGCCGAUCGAAGAAAGGGUUUUAAGGGACGAAAGUCGGUGGAUCAAGUGCCUUUUUCAUUUCGGUUUCGCGGGGCUUCGUUGGUCCCGCCCCUCUGGGCGGCUCCUGGCUCCCGGAAGAAUCCUCGGCCCGAGCUGAAGGACUUCUCUUCGCAGUACGUGCUCGCAUCGCCGGCAACAGGAUGUUUUCGUCCUCGAGAGCUUUCCCGCCGAUUCUCUUCGCGGCGCUCUUCCUCUGCAUCGGACUGGCACACGGAAUCAGAUGUUACGUAUGCGGACAGUACAACGAAGGAGUGGGCAGUAUCACGCCCUGUAUCAAUUACACCGCUCACAUGCAUCUGAAGGAGUGUCCUGCCUCGGCCGAAUGGUGCAUCAAAUACGUCAGCGAGGGCUCGACAGUUCGAGACUGCGUGCCGACCUGCUCGGAGAAGGAGGCCUGGAGCACGAGGACGUACUGUUGCCAGCAGGACGGCUGCAACUCGGCCCCGUCGUUCGCGUCAAGCAGCAGCCUCGCGAUGAUCGCGAUCGCAUUGGCGGCCGUCGUGAUCGUUCGUGGCUAAUACGUCGCUUCCGGUGACCGGAGAACCGCGAACAAGCAAGCGAAGGAAUCCCUCUACGCGCUCGAACCAUUGUCCCGGGCUCCUUGCUGACUGGACGCUGACCAGUCGAUAGUUGUCGUCGGUGAAUCGGUUAAAAAAAAUCAAUCGAUCCCCCUCCAUCAUACGAGCGAUUCUCACGUCGCACAUUCUUCCGAUCCCUUCUCCCUUUUUCAAUCUCACUUGCCAGUUUCAGAUCGAGGGUCAGUUGGAAACGUUAUUUGCAAUAAAAAUUGUAUUUCAUUUAUUAAUUCACGUAAUUUUUGUUUGGUUUCGCUGAAAAUUUUGGAAGAAUCCUGUUCGUUGCUUAAUGAUCCAUGAAUUAAUUUCGAAGAUCCGAUGCUUUUAUCUGCCAUAAGCUUGACACUCUGCAUUAUGAAUUGAACGUGUCCUCGAACGAGAUUCGACAAAGAAUUCCAUGACAUCAAUCAUAUUCGCGAAGAUGCGAUAACGCCAUCACGAGUUUUAAUAUCCCCGUCACUUGGAAAAUUAAUUUUUAACGGGAAUCUUUUGCCCAUUUUUCUCUCAUCGAGAACGAUUUCGUACGGCGUGUGAAGUUUUUUGUCGGUCAGCUUUCCUUCGGUGGCUGACUCUCGCCUCUUGAAACGGCGAGACCCUCGAAUUCGAUUUAGACGAGAACUUGCCAUCCGAUCGUUCGUUCGCGCCGCGUCGCGUCGUUUCUUUUUCUUCAUUUCACGCCGUCGCGUCACGUCGCGAGUGUUCGACGUAACAAGGACCAGAAACAGCGAAUUCUCGAUGACACGUUCUCCGAUCACGCGUCAAACGAGACGAAUAGAAUUCUUCCUGGGUUCUCUCGUUCUUCUGUAUUUUUUUUUUGUAUCUGAACCUUUUCGUUUACGUGCAAUCUCAGUCUUAAUAGAAGAGGAGCCUCGGUUGCCUAUUACAAAAUACACAAUCAAUUCUUUUGUUUGUUCCCUCGUUUAAUCAUUUUUCUAAGGUAGAGAACAGAUAUUUCCGUUUCUGUAGUUCCUCAGUUAUUCAGUUGUCAGGAAUUUAUAUUAUAUCCGCAAAUAAUGAGUUUUAUUCGUAACUAAAGGCAAGUCUGAAUUUCCUUCUGACUAGUUCAUUUAUUAGAAAUUAAUUGAACGGGCUUUCACAAGUCCUCGUUUUAUUUCACGAUUGUUACCUCUUUCACAUAGAAUUUAUUAGCCACCAUGAAUAAUUCUCUCUCGAACUUAACAAGUUUUUUAUUGUUCUUCAUUGAAAGAUUCACUAUAGUUGAGGGAAGAUACUGUUUUUCCUGUAUUUAAUGAACACAUUCAGUUUCUGUCCUUCCGGUUAUCGAUGGAAAUAUAUUAUAAUUACGUUCCUUCAUUCAGUAGAAAUUCUUUUCCUGAGACUCUUUUCUGUUUUGUUCUCCAAUAAUCGAAUCCAUUAUCUUUUUUGAAAAUUCUCUUCUCGACGAAUUCCAUUUAACGAUUCUCCAUCAAGUUUCUCUUCCUCCUCCCCCGGACGUAUCUUCAGUCCAACAAAAGUUAACGAAAGCUAACCGCGACAAUUGUCGAACAGUAAACUGAACAAAAGGAACGUCGGACCACAAAUGUCUCACCCUUCGUUAACAAAAAUCGACCGCAGAAUGAAAUCGACAAAGCGCGAAAAAGCGGAUUCCCGACGCCUGGGUCGUUCGUGGUCGACCCGAAAUCUUUUUUAGAUCGUAAGAAUUCGUUCAUGGAAGAGACGUUACAAAAAUAGACGAAUAAAGAGAACAGAGAAGACGAGGGAACAGGGUUGGGGGUUGAAAAACGGUAAAAGAAUACGAAAAAAGAAAAGAAUGGAAACCGCGUGGAUAUAAAUAUAUAUAAAUUAUGUAACCUACAUACAGACAACAGUUAAAAUGAGGAACAGCGAGGAUAAUAAUGUUAAACGUUAUUAUUAUUAUUAUUAUUAAUUACUAUGAUUAUUAUUGAUUAUCGAUCAUUAAAUUAUUAUUAUCAAUUAUUAUUACUACAUUGCUACUAAUUAACUACUAUUACCAUUAACUAAUUACCAUUUACUAAAACGAGAGGAAAAUUAAAUGACGACACUAAAAUGGAUGCAUCACACCGAUUAUACAUAAACUUAACUAUACAUAUAUAAAUAUAUAAAUAAAUAAAUGAAUAUAUUAUAUAUAUAAAUAUAUAUAUACAUAUAAAUAUAUACAUAGUAGCGAUAAACGAGCGAUAGACGGCGAAAUCGAGUGGAGAGUUUGUCGAUUAUUAUUACUACCGUACUUGUAACCGCUUUGAAGUAGCCUUAAUAAUUGUAAUUAACGAACGCACGUGUGAGAUAUUAAACAAAAAACAAAAAAGAAAACAGAACAGCAGUAAAAGAGAAACGCGUAUGUCUUAUCGGUUGGCUUGAGGUGAUUGCGCACUGCCCCGUUUCCCAUCGCGUUCGAUUUUACCCCUUCGGUCUUUUCGUUUUAUAAUAAAAAUUUCGAACAUCGUAUUGUAACUCUAAUUUUCUUUCUUUGUAAAACAAUGACGUUCUCGCAUGAUUUCCAUUUCUCGAUUAGCUCGCCAGAGUCAAUUAAUCAUCUGUCAAUUAUUCGUAACUCCCAUGUCAAUCUCCUGAACUUAUUUUUAAUAUCGAUAACGUUGUACAAAAAUCAUUUUGUCUAACCAUUGUAUGAGUUGGAGAUGUUGAAUUGCAUCGUAGAAAGAUUGGAACGAGCGCACCCGUUCUCUUCUCAGGCUGACCAGCGUCUGAAAAUAAAUUCCUAAAACAAAGUAGAAACGAUUCUCAUCCUAGCCGGUAAGCUAAGCGAAUCACACGAAAGUAGGAGAAGCAAAAGAUCCUUAUUUGUUUCACCGAACGCGAGAUCAGAAAAACAGAAGACGAGAAAAAAAAAAAUCGUAAAAAAAGCACAGGACGGUAGCGCGUGACAUUACUACGUUAGCGAUUAUUAAUUAAUGUAUCCGUUCUCUUUCUGAGAUUAGGCGAUGAGACGAUGUAUCUAAAGAGAGUAGCGUGUACUUACUUUAAAGACACUUAAACCUGUUUCCCGUCUCGGACGUCGAUUAUUAUUAAUUAACGUCGUUGUUAUUGUUGGACGAAUGUUUCGAGGUAGACGUUCGUCUUCUUAAACCACGAUCGAUGUUGACUAUCGCACAGGCUCUCGAUGCAGCGUUGUCCAACCGGAGUUUUCUAUCGAAUCUCAAUAAUAAUUCUAGACUCAAUCGUAGUUAGAACAGAUCGCGGUGGAAGGGAUUUGAAAAAUGUUUCCACAAUUCCCGUCGGUAAGAAACAUUCUUCAAAUUCUUUUCUCUUCACAAAUUCAUGGAAUGAAAUCAAUAAUCGAUGGAUGUAAUGCGAGUCUGAAAUGAGAUUCUUUUUACAUUUGCUACUUUUCUUAUCAGACUUCCAACGCGAAAAUUUGUUGCACGAUAGUACUGCAUUGUGGAGUAACACUUUUAUUGCGUAAUUGUUCCUAUAUACAAAACGAAUGUUUCGCUGUUUAAUAAAAAGAAAAAGCCUCAUGAAUCGAAGUAAACAACGACACGAACUUCACCGUUGAAUAGCAAUAAGUCACUUCGGUCUCAUCAAGCUUAGAAAUUGAUUGAACGAUCCUGCGACGUCUCAUCGAGAAGCCAACGGAAAUUGUCAUCCAACAAUCUCCAUUGAAAGAAAAUUCUCAAGGAAUCCACGCUACGGGCUACAAUUGUCGCGGAUCGCCAGGUUCAAGCUUCGCUUAUACACUUUAUCCAUGUAUUUUUAUAACGCAAAAGUGGCAAAUGUGGCAACCGUAUCCACGUGGAUCCGCGAUCACUGUGGCGGCUCUAACAAUAAUUCUACGAGACGAAAACAACCAAACGAUUUGAAAGAACAGAAUUCCACCUCGAAUCAUUCCGCGACUAUAUUAAUAAAACGGUUGGAAGUCAGUUUAUCAUUCGAAUUCCGACGCACACGAACAAAAGCAAGAAAAACAAUGAACAGAAAAAUCUUUUGGACGAUACCUUAAACGAGUUAAAAAAAAAAAAAGA